AUGGCGCCCCUCGUCGACAACCCCCAAAUCAAGCACGCCGAGCUGCUGCGCCCUUUGUCUUUCGGCCUUCACGCUUACGUCUGGCCCUUCACCAUCAUAUGGCCUAUCUUCUUCGCCUUCUACCUGAGCCCCGAGCUCUACGGAAAGUACAUUGGUGCUCAGGAGUGGACAACUGUCUGGGUCGGCACUAUCAUCACUCUGCAGUCCCUCACUUGGCUCAGCACACACUGGAGUGUUGACCUCGAGGGCAGGUUCACUGCUUCAAAGGCAAAGGAUAUUGAGGACGCUCAGUUGAUCAAGGUUGUUCCUAUUGCAAAUGCUGGUACUGCCGCCAUUUGCAAGCUGGUCCGCGAUAAGGCUGGUGGCAAGCUCAACACCUCGUUCCUCUUCCAGAAGCGUCGCUUCCUCUACGAUACCGUUACCAAGUCUUUCCACACCCUCAAGUACGAUAUCGAUGUUGAGCCUAAGCCUACUAUCGGCCAUUUCCAGAGCUCAAAGGGUGUCCAGACCCAGACCGAGCUGUCACGAAUUGAGCAGCACUAUGGCACCAACACCUUCGAUAUUCCUGUUCCUACCUUUACCGAACUGUUCAAGGAGCACGCUGUUGCGCCAUUCUUCGUCUUCCAGAUCUUCUGUGUUGGACUUUGGAUGCUCGACGAGUACUGGUACUAUUCGCUCUUUACACUUUUCAUGCUCGUCGUUUUCGAGAGCACCGUUGUUUGGCAGCGUCAGCGUACCCUGACCGAGUUCCGCGGCAUGAGCAUCAAGCCUUACGAUAUGUGGGUUUUCCGUCUGGGCAAGUGGACCGAGGUUCAGAGUGACCAGCUCAUCCCUGGAGAUCUCGUCUCCGUCAACCGGACCAAGGAGGACAGUGGUGUUGCUUGCGAUAUGCUUCUGGUCGAAGGUACCGCUAUCGUCAACGAAGCUAUGCUUUCUGGUGAGAGUACUCCCCUCCUGAAGGAGUCCAUCCAACUUCGCCCCGCCGAUGUUCCUCUGGAUUCUGAGGGUCUGGACAAGAACUCUUUCCUCUGGGGCGGUACCAAGGUUCUCCAGAUUACCCACGGAAACGCUGACCAGGAGAGGCCCAAGCUUGCUUCCGGUGUUCCCUCUGCUCCCGACAACGGUGCCAUGGCCAUUGUAAUGAAGACUGGCUUUGAGACUUCUCAGGGCAACCUUGUCCGAACUAUGAUCUACUCCACUGAGCGAGUUUCCGCCAACAACGCCGAGGCUCUCUUCUUCAUUCUGUUCCUCUUGAUCUUCGCCAUUGCCGCCGCUUGGUAUGUCUGGGACGAGGGUGUUCGCAAGGAUCGCAAGCGUUCCAAGCUUAUGCUUGACUGUGUCUUGAUCGUUACCAGUGUCGUUCCUCCUGAGCUGCCCAUGGAGCUUAGUCUCGCUGUCAACACUAGUCUGGCCGCUUUGGCUAAGCUGGCUAUCUUCUGUACCGAGCCCUUCCGAAUUCCUUUCGCUGGUCGCGUUGAUGUGGCUUGCUUUGACAAGACCGGUACUCUGACUGGUGAGGAUCUUGUCGUUGAGGGUAUUGCUGGGCUGGCUCUUGGACAUGAAGAUGAAAUUCAGGACACCAAGGAGGCUGACGGUGCUCACUCUACUAUGACUCCCGUCACUGAGGCUUCCCUGGAAACCAAGCUGGUUCUCGCCACUGCCCACGCUCUUGUCAAGCUUGAUGAGGGUGAUAUUGUUGGUGACCCUAUGGAAAAGGCUACUCUCACUUCUCUCGGAUGGACUCUUGGCCGCAACGACACUCUUAUGAGCACCAACAAGGCUGGCAGCACCCACGGUACUGUCCAGAUCAAGCGUCGAUUCCAGUUCUCUUCUGCCCUCAAGCGUCAGAGCUCCGUCGCCAUGGUUCACGGAAAUGACAUCAAGACUGGCCGAAAGGUCAAGGGUACUUUCGCUGGUGUCAAGGGUGCGCCCGAGACCAUCCAGAAAAUGCUCACGGUUGUCCCUGCUGAUUAUGAGGAGACUUACAAGUACUUCACUCGCAAGGGUUCUCGUGUUCUGGCUCUCGCUUACAAGCAACUUACUAUCGACAGUGAGCUUGGCUCUGGCAAGAUUAACGAUCUCAAGCGUGAAAAGGUUGAGUCUGAGUUGACUUUCGCUGGUUUCCUCGUCUUGCACUGUCCUCUCAAGGAAGAUGCCAAGGAGGCUGUUCAGAUGUUGAACGAGAGCAGCCACCGUGUUGUCAUGAUUACUGGAGAUAACCCUCUUACUGCUGUCCACGUCGCUCGCGAGGUUGAGAUUGUCGAUCGUGAUGUCCUUAUCCUCGAUGCUCCUGAAGAUAACUCGAACGGUGAUCAGCUUGUCUGGAGAAGCGUCGAUGAUAAGGUCAGCAUCAAGGUCGACCCCACUAAGCAUAUCGACCCCGAGAUUAUUCGCUCCAAGGAUAUCUGUGUUACUGGGUACGCUCUUGCCAAGUUCAAGGGACAGGUCGCUUGGAACGAUAUCCUCCGCCACUCCUGGGUUUACGCUCGUGUUUCCCCCAAGCAGAAAGAGGACAUUCUCCUCGGUCUAAAGGAUAUGGGUUACUACACUCUGAUGGCUGGUGACGGUACCAACGAUGUUGGUGCUCUGAAGCAGGCUCACAUUGGUAUCGCUUUGUUGAACGGAACUCCCGAGGAUCUUACCAGGAUCGCCGAGCACUCCCGCAACACAAAGAUGAAGGAGAUGUAUCAGAAGCAGAUUGACCUCAUGGCUCGUUUCAACCAGCCUCCUCCUCCUGUUCCCGCUAUGAUUGCCCACCUGUACCCUCCCGGUCCCCAAAACCCUCAAUUCCAGAAGGCGAUUGAGCGUGAGGCUCAGAGGAAGGGCAUGACUCCUGAGGAAUACGCCAAAUCUCAAGGUCACGAUAACUUCGAAACAACUAUUACUUCUCCUGGUGCUCAAGCUAUUAUGGAUGCAGGCGGUAACCGACAGCAAGAAGCUGCCAAGAAGGCAGCUGGAUUCGCCGACAAGCUUGCGUCCGGCAUGAUGGAAGCUGAACUUGGAGAUGAUGAGCCGCCUACCUUGAAGCUUGGCGAUGCCUCCGUUGCUGCUCCAUUCACUUCCAAGCUGCGAAACGUCGUUGCCGUGCCCAACAUCAUUCGUCAAGGUCGCUGUACUCUCGUCGCCACCAUUCAGAUGUACAAGAUUCUUGCUCUCAACUGUCUUAUCACUGCCUACUCUCUGUCCGUUCUAUACCUCGAGGGCAUCAAGUUUGGCGACACACAGUACACGAUCAGUGGAAUGCUCAUGUCUGUUUGCUUCCUCAGCAUCUCUCGUGCUCGUGUUGUCGAAGGUCUGAGCAAGGAACGUCCUCAGCCUAACAUUUUCAACGUGUACAUCAUUGGUUCCAUUCUUGGCCAGUUUGCUGUCCACAUCGUCACUCUAAUCUACACCGCUCGCCUUUGCGACAGACUUGCUCCUCGCUCCGAGGAUGUUGAUCUCGAGGCUGAAUUCGCCCCUUCUCUGCUCAACUCGGCUGUCUACCUCCUGCAACUCAUCCAGCAAAUCUCCACAUUUGCCAUCAACUACCAAGGUCGUCCCUUCCGCGAGUCUCUUUCCGAGAACAAGGGUAUGUUCUACGGAAUCGUCGGUGUCUCGGGUCUCGCUUUUGCUUGUGCCCUUGAGCUCUUCCCUGAUAUCAACACGGGUAUGAAGCUUGUUCCUUUCUCCGACGAGUUCAAGACAAACAUGGUUUCCGUCAUGGUUAUCGAUUACGGUGCCUGCUGGCUCAUCGAGGUCACCCUCAAGAAGUUCUUCAGUGACUACCAACCUCGCGACAUUGCUGAGCGUCGUCCCGACCAGCUUGAGCGUGAAGCUGUUCGUCGCGCUGUUGUACAGAAGAAGAAGGAUGAGGAAGAGGAGAAGAAGAGACUCGAGAAAGUUGCCGAGUUUGAGCGCAAGGUUGAGGAGCGUCGAAGGAAGAUUGAGCAGUGGAGAACUGGAGGAAACUAA